AUGACGGGUGAAUACAAAGAAAAAUAUCGUGACAAGAACCGACGAGAACGUGGUAAAAGACGUAGUCGUUCACGAUGUAGGGACCGUAAACGUCAUUGCAGACAUAGAUUAAGGAGUUUCAAAGGUCGUAAACGUAGUAGAUCAAAGUCACCUAAACAUAAGUCUAGUCGUAGAAAGCCAUCUCUCUAUUGGGACGUUCCGGCAUCAGGUUAUGAACAUAUGACAACGGUUGAAUAUAAAGCAAUGCUAGCUGCUGGACCAAGUCUUAACAACUCAAUAUCAAACAUCCCUUCAAAAAUCCAUCCAGCUGGAAAAACUAUUGUACGCCAAGCAAGACGGUUGUUUAUUGGAAACAUACCAUUUGGUGUAACUGAAGUUGAAAUGAUUAAAUAUUUUAAUCAGCAGUUAUAUUUGUCUGGAAUAGCUGAAUCUGAUAGUAAUCCUGUGCUUGCGUGUAAAAUAUAUGUAGGAAAUAAUUAUGCUUUUUUGGAGUUUAGGUCUGCUAGUGAAACUACUAAAUCAAUGUGUUUGGAUGGUAUUCAAUUCAAAGGCAAUUACCUAAAAAUACAACGACCACAUGAAUAUCAGACUACAAUUGGAGUCACUAAGAGUAACCCUAUGACAUUAGAUAUGAUGAAAUAUGAUUCCAGUUCAUUUGAUUUUGAAACAAUUCAAGAUUCAGGAAACAAAUUAUUUAUUGGAGGAUUACCAAGAUACCUUAAUGAGGAUCAGGUGAUAGAGCUUCUGACAUCAUUUGGUCAGUUAAAAACAUUCAAUUUGGUCAGGGAUUCUGUCAAUUAUUUUAGUGGAGAUUAUGCAUUUUGCGAGUAUGUUGAUACUGCUAUAACAGAUCGGGUCAUUGAUCAUUUGAAUGGAUUGUUAUUUGAAGGAAAGAAUAUAGUUGUGCAUAGGGCCUAUAAUGGAGCUAAAGAAGCUAAAGUUGAACAAUUAUUGGUCCCGAAUCAAGAUUCUGGACUUGCAGUUAUAGGACCUCCAACUGAGGUUUUAUGUUUAUUGAAUAUUAUAACUCCUAAUGAACUAAAAAAUGAUAACGAAUAUGAAAAAAUCUUGGUAGAUAUUCGAGAAGAGUGUAAUAAAUAUGGUAGUGUUCGGUCAUUAAAAAUUCCACGACCUAUUGAAGGAAUUGAUGUACCUGGUUGCGGAAAAGUGUUUAUAGAAUUUCAUUAUUUUGGAGACUGUGAGAAAACAUUACAAGCUUUGACUGGUAGAACAUUCAACAACAGAACUGUGCUUACUUCUUACAUGGAAUCAGAAAAAUAUCAUAGAAAUGAAUUUUAAAAUAUA